GACACAAAGAGCCUCCUCUUUUCUAUAUUAAUCCAGCCACUUCAUGCCCCUACUCUUUCUAUGCUCUCCCUUACUUCUUCCACUCUCUCGUCUUCUACAGUUGUGUAACAGGAGCUUUCAGUCAUGGGCACGUCGAGCCGGCUCGGGCGCUGCAUGAAGGCGCCGCUCCGAAUGCUGUGCCGGGCGCGCGACAUGUACGUGCGCGGCCUCAACGCCUUCGCUGACCACAUGCAGCAUGGUGCCGCGAUGGCGUACCCGGCGUUGGCAUCGACAAACUACAGCUUCCCGCCGGCGAGGGCGAUCGCGGGCGACGACGACGACCUCAGGGAGCUGAUAUGGGCUGCGUCGCUGGCCCGGGCCCGCACGUUGCCUCGUCGGGCGGCGCCGGCGCCGGCGGUGCGCAAGAGCCAAAGCUUGGCCAUCGGAAGGAUCGACGAGGACAAGCCGUGUCUCAGCUUCGAUGACGACGUCGAGGUCGGGUCGAGCUUGGUGUUCGCGAGGAGGAGCAGGAGCUGUGUAGCGGGAGCAAAGAGGAGGGCGAGAUCGUUUGUGUGAUGGCCAAGGACGAGGUUGCCUGUGUAUAUAUUGGAUCUGUAAGAAUGGUUGAUUAGGUUGUGCUUUGAUCUGUGCCUUGUCUCGAAUGCUUUGGCUAAAGUUCGGCUAGAAUGUAGACGAAGAUGUGGUGGUUUUGUUUGAUGCUUUCGCCCAAACAGGGAUGCAAUGUCUAAUGUCUCGAAGCAAUCACCUUCAUAACGUGAUUUUAAUUU